GGGACAUUUGCAGCCUUUCUUCCAAAUCCUCAUUUAACUUCAGCUCCAGAUGGGCGCACAGUGGGAGCAGCAUCAAUCGGAGACACAGGUAGAGAAGAGAGCUUUGUGCUUGAAUGGCAGCCACUAUGGCAUCACAGCACCGCACAUCAUUACCAUGCCUUCAUCAUGGGAUCAGCAGGUCACCCAGACAACACGUGGGCUCCCUGGUUCACGUUCUGUGGAUAGUGAUGAUGGGAUUUACUCCGCAAUCCAGGGCCUCUAUGGGAACUCAACCUCAUUCCAUAAAGAUCGAGGGUGACAUCACUCUUGGAGGGCUUUUCCCUGUGCAUUCCAGGGGCCCUGCUGGUAUUCCAUGUGGGGAGAUUAAGAAGGAGAAGGGGAUCCAUCGUAUGGAGGCCAUGCUGUAUGCACUGGACCAGAUUAACAGUGACCCAGACCUGCUGCCUAACAUCACACUGGGUGCUAGGAUACUGGACACAUGCUCUAGGGAUACCUACGCACUGGAACAAUCUCUCACCUUUGUCCAGGCCCUUAUCCAGAAAGACAACUCAGAUGUUCGAUGUUCCAAUGGAGAGCCCCCCAUCAUCCCAAAACCAGAGCGUGUGGUUGGGGUUAUCGGAGCUUCGGCCAGCUCAGUGUCCAUAAUGGUGGCCAACGUUCUUCGACUGUUUUCGAUACCUCAGAUCAGCUAUGCUUCCACAGCACCUGAGCUUAGUGACAACAAUCGCUAUGAAUUUUUCUCUCGAGUCGUGCCACCCGAUUCCUUCCAGGCCCAGGCGAUGGUGGACAUCGUCAAAGCCAUGGGGUGGAACUACGUUUCCACUCUGGCAUCAGAAGGGAACUACGGAGAAAGUGGUGUAGAUGCUUUUCUCCAGAUAUCCAGGGAAGCAGGUGGUCUGUGCAUCGCUCAGUCCAUUAAAAUUCCAAGGGAGCCUAGACCAGGAGAGUUUGACAAGAUCAUCAAAAGGCUAAUGGAGACAUCUAAUGCCAGAGGGGUUAUUAUCUUCGCUAAUGAAGAUGACAUCAAGCGCAUCCUGGAAGCAGCAAAGAGAGCCAAUCUUACAGGUCACUUUUUGUUUGUGGGUUCUGAUAGCUGGGGAGCAAAGAGCUCACCCAUCCUGAAUCAGGAGGACGUGGCUGAGGGUGCGGUCACCAUCCUACCUAAGCGGGCGUCAAUUGAGGGAUUUGACCAGUACUUCACCACAAGGUCUCUAGAAAACAACAGGAGGAACAUCUGGUUCGCUGAGUUCUGGGAGGAUGACUUCAAAUGCAAACUUAUGCGGUCAGGAACCAGAUCGGAAAGCGGGCUAAGAAAAUGCACAGGAGAGGAACGAAUCAGCAGGGAAUCAGCAUACGAGCAGGAAGGGAAGGUGCAAUUUGUGAUUGACGCGGUGUAUGCCAUGGCCCACGCGCUCCACAGCAUGCACAUGGACCUCUGCCCAGGUGCCAUGGGUGUUUGUGACAAAAUGGAUCCAGUGGAUGGAAGAAUGCUGCUAACGUACAUCCGUGCUGUCAGUUUUAAUGGCAGCGCUGGUACAGGUGUGAUGUUUAAUGAGAAUGGUGAUGCCCCGGGACGAUACGAUAUCUUUCAGUACCAGCUUUCCAACACCACCAACCCGGGAUAUAGAAUCAUCGGCCAGUGGACUAACCACUUACGCCUCAGUGCUGAAGACAUGCAGUGGUCCGGAGGGGAUAAACAGGUUCCAGACUCUGUUUGCAGUUUCCCAUGUGAAUCUGGAGAGAGAAAGAGGAUGGUGAAGGGUGUGCCAUGUUGCUGGCACUGUGAAUUAUGUGACGGCUAUCAGUACCUCCUGGACGAGUUUAACUGUGACACCUGCCCCUUUGACAUGCGGCCCACCCUGAACCGCACCGGCUGCAGACCCACUCCCAUUAUAAAACUGGAGUGGAGCUCUCCAUGGGCCAUCAUCCCGGUAUUUCUCGCCGUGCUGGGCAUCCUCGCCACAUCCGGAGUCAUCAUCACAUUCAUCCGCUUCAACGACACCCCCAUUGUCCGGGCUUCAGGCCGUGAGCUCAGCUAUGUUCUUCUGACGGGCAUCUUCCUCAUAUAUCUUAUAACGUUCCUCAUGAUCGCCGAGCCGGGCGCCGUGGUGUGCGCAUUCCGCAGGUUGUUUUUGGGGCUGGGCAUGUGUAUCAGUUAUGCUGCUAUGCUCACUAAAACCAAUCGAAUCUACAGAAUCUUCGAGCAGGGGAAAAAAUCUGUCACACCACCAAAAUUUAUCAGCCCCACGUCUCAGCUGAUCAUCACCUUCAUUCUGAUCUCAGUACAGCUCCUGAGUAUUUUCAUUUGGUUUGGAGUGGUUCCCCCUCACACCAUUAUCGAUUUCGAAGAGCUGCGCCCCCCCAACCCUGAGUAUGCACGUGGGAUCCUGAAAUGUGAUAUGUCAGAUCUCUCACUGAUCGGCUGUCUGAGCUACAGUAUGGGGCUGAUGGUCACAUGUACAGUCUAUGCCAUCAAAAGCAGGGGGGUUCCCGAGACCUUCAAUGAGGCCAAACCCAUUGGCUUCACCAUGUACACCACCUGUAUCAUCUGGUUGGCCUUUGUACCCAUCUUCUUCGGCACAUCACAAUCCACAGAAAAGAUGUUCAUUCAGACCACCACGCUGACAGUGUCCAUGAGCUUGAGUGCCACAGUGUCCCUUGGAAUGCUGUACAUACCCAAAGUGUAUGUGAUCAUCUUCCACCCAGAGCAGAAUGUUCAGAAACGCAAGCGUAGCUUCAAAGCUGUGGCUCAGGCUGCCACCGUCUCGACUCAUCUCUCGCAGAAAUCCAACGACAAACAGAAUGGAGAGACCAAAAUUGAACCUGAUAGAUCCCAGUGA